AUGACGAUCAGCAGAGAACUGAUUAUCAUUUUGCGUCUGCUUUUGCGACCUGCAUCUUUACCUCUCCUGAUCACAUGCAGUCGUCACGAACGGCUUAAAUAUAUAGAAAGAUGUUUAAAGUCGAGCAUAGAAUCAAUGAAACAUUAUUUGAUGGAUGACAUUCCAAAUCUGGAUUUACCAUCUUUCGAGCCGUAUUGGUUGGAACAUUAUCAAUUUGUCUCGUCAGAACAAUUUAAUGGAAUUGCGGAUUUGACUGGUAUAACGGUACACAAUCUGACAAACUUCACGAUAAAUAAAGUCGAAGUUAACACAAAUGUAACUUGGAUUAAAUUGGAAGCGUUCUUUCCAUCUAUCCAAUUUUUCGCUACGUACGAUAUACAAGCUACGAUCUUCGGUAAAUACUUACGAAAAAGAGGACGCACAGUUAUAGGGAAUUUUAGAGGUGUAUCAAUCAACGUCACAAUAGAAGGUGAGUAUCGUGUGAGGCCUAAGAACAAAGAAGAACAUUUUAAAGUGACUAACGUCCCUGUGAAAUUGAGCAUAAAUGAAGCCACGUUCUACUUGAAUAACAACAAAGUGCAUAACCUUUUAAUACAAGAAAUAAAUUCUCUUCUGGCCAGCAACAGAAAAAUAGUAGCGAAAAAAUUAGUGCCCGAACUUCAAAAAUUUGCUUCCAAAAUUAUCCGUAGAAUUGCUGUUAACAUGUAUUCGAAUAUCCCGAUGAGAUUAUUAAUGCGAGAUUAUAACUUUGGGGAUGAUGAGGACAUUGAAUUAUCGAUUAUCGAUAAUUAA